AAGUGACUUAGGCUCCAAUAGUGACGCGUUGGUUUGCGCAACUUCACAAUUUCAGCGCGAUCGUCCGCAUAACGGUUAUUGACAAGUUAGAUUUGACGCUAUCGCCCCAAUGUCUGGCUACGAAGUCGAACACAACAUCAAAGAUGAGCAGCCGCAGCAGCCCGCGCGUAGGCCAGAUCUCUCUACCUUCUUCUCACAGCUCGAGCUAGUAGACACAUCAGAUCCAAGUGCGCAUACCAAUCCCAAUGCUCUGCCGCAGCCCGAGAAUAUGGCAGCGGCGUUUCGACUACUUGCCAAUGCCUUCGAAACUAUGCGCGGACGUCCGUCGGACGAUAGCAACGGAGAUGGAGAUUUACUCGCGAACAUGAUUCAAGUAUUGCGAGAGAAUGCCGAUGAUCCGCCUACAGAGCUCAAGGGCGUCCCAGAUAGCUUUUUGGAUGAGUUGGAAAGAGUGCCCAAAAAGGCGCUCAAGGAGACCGACACAUGUCCUAUAUGUGUCAACCCGUUCCUUGAAGACAAAUAUCCACUCGUAGUUCAAUUGCCGUGUCAUACUGAUCAUCGGUUCGACCUGGACUGCAUAGGACCGUGGCUGAAACUCAACUCAACCUGUCCUCUGGAUCGCAAGGAACUUUUGAAGAAAAAACAACCACCGCCACCGCCAGCUGAUGACGACGAAGAGGAAUAUGAUGACAUGUACGCCUGAAGUCGUCUCCAGAAGCAGUGUUGCAUAGCGUCGGAGUUUGGGUGUAGCAUCAGAUGGCCCAAUAUGGGAACGGAUUUCUUUGACGAAUCGGCCGCAGACACGGAGCAUCUUCGUGAUUUACCUUGGCCAUACGAAGGUAUCGUGUAGUGUCUCAGUUGUACGCGUCCUCGUCGCGUCCUCACGGACCGAAUGCAUCAUAUAAAACCCUCGU